GGACCCACCCUUAUCAGGGCUAAUAGAUACAUAUAUAUAUUUAUUACAUUGUACAACUUAUCAGGACUAACAUAUACAUAUAUCUAUAUAUUAUAUUAUAUAACUUCUCAUUAUUAAAUAUUGCUAAAUAUGAAUGUACCACACGUGCCGAUUUCACAUCAGACCCAAAAGGUCAUUACAGCAUCUUGCGAAAGCAGACAACUUGCAAUUCUGUUCACAGUUGACCUCAAACACGAGGCCAACCACUAAGAGAAACUUAACGUUUUUGGCAACUACCGUGCGAAUCUCACAUCGAAGCUAGCCAAUUUCGACCAUGCGAAGGCUGCACUCUCAUGCCUCUACCCUUCCUCCACCGUUGACAUAAGCGGAUGUCAUGGACGAGCGAGGUCAUCCACACGCGGACUUUCGAUAAUUGCGAGGAUUCCCACGGCCAUUCAGCGAGCGGACCAACAUAUAAGGGAGAACUUCAGUCAUAGCAGAGCAGAUGUACUGGGACCACCAUACACUACACUUGAAGUUUCUACCUAUCAUCUUCUUUUGAAGUCUUAAGCGGCUUAUAAUUGUCUUAAUCAUCAUAUUUUUGAAGCAUACUGAACUUAUGCUAUUAACUGUUUGUCGUUGUACAUGUUUUAUAAGUAUAUUAAAUUAAAUGUUUGUGAUUUACUCUGAAGUUAUUCUAUUAAAUAUCUAAAAACCUAUCACCACGAUUGUAACAACACUCAAACAGCCUGCAAUACAUACGUACAGGGCUACAGGGUUGCUACAUUGGCGCAGUCUAAAGGGAUCGUUCAAAGACGGUAACGACAUCAAGUCCAACUGAUUUCAACUGGAAGGGACAAGUUAAUUGAAGCACUUCGUUGAAAUCGACGUUUUUGGAAGAACCAUUCAAAUAUGAACGCUCUUUUGGUCAUAGGAAUGUGUAUACUUCGAACAGUCUGCGCGGAUUUUCGGUACCACGUUGACACAUUAUCCGAUACCCAAAGCGGGUUAUACUAUGAAAAACUUGAUUCUCUUAAGGUUCAAACCAAGGAAGUUACUCUAUUGACUUAUUUAGACUUAAGUCAGUACAAUCAGAAUGCCCAACUACUAGAGGCAAGGGUUAAUGCAUCAUACGAAUAUUGUGAACACUUUACUAAAUCAUUUUCCCCUCAAUUAGCAUCAAUUAAUGAAAGCUAUAUUAAUUCUAUUCACGAUCAUUGUCUAACUUUAAACACACAAGCCAGGGUUUCUCUAUCUAGCAUUGUAAAUAAAACUGAUUUAAUCUUCAGAACUAUUGAACCUAGUCGUUCAAAGCGGGGAAUUCCUUUUAAAUUAUUAAGCAAGGCAGCUCGCCUAUUAUUCGGAUUAUGCAGUGAGCUAUGUAUACAAAAUUCAGAUAAAAUAAUAGACAAGGCAUUAUCAGGUGAACAUUCGGUUCUACCAAUUCUAACAAAGGUCCUUGGCCUUCCUAACAUUACUUCUAAGCAGCCGUCUGUUGAUACUUUGGAAAUGAUAUCCGCAUAUGACCAAAAUAACACAAUAGGAGAUUUGGAUCGCGUUCGAAUAGACAACGCUUUAGCUCUAAACGCAUUACUUAAUCAAUUUUCACUAGAAGCGAACACUCUUUUUGAAAUACUCCAAAGCGCUAGGUUAGGUUAUAUACACCCUAGUCUGAUUAAUGACGAGGCAAUUCUAGAACAACUUAAGUCCAUUACAGAUCAAUUCGAUCCAAACACCGAAUUACCUUACGCCUUAUCACUACGAAAUAUACCUAAAUUACUAAAGGUAUCCAAACUAGCUAUAUAUUAUUCUAACGACCGAGUUGUACUAAAAAUAGGAAUUCCGUUAACAUAUGAUGAAACCUUAGAUGUAUUUCAUAUAUUACCUCAUCCUGUUUGUAUUAACCAUAAUUGUGUUUUUAUCAAGCCCAAAUUCCAUUACAUAGCUAUGACAGCCUCACGAAAGCUAUAUUCCACUUUCGAAAGGAUUGAUCAAGUAGAAUGCCAACAAACCGACGAAUUUAGAUUAUGUCCGGAAAUUUAUCCAUUACAUCUAACCUCAAAUAAACCCUUAUGCGAAGCCUUAUUAUUCCAAGAGUUAGACACAGCACCAGCUGUCUGUGAUAUAACAUUCAACCAAUUAGGUACUACGGUGUUCUAUAAGUUAACACAUCAAAAUAAAUGGUAUUUCAUUUCAAACGGGGAGUCAAUACUUAUUACCUGCAGUAACAGCACCAACAAGUCCCUAGCACUCAUUGAUAUAAUGGGUACUGGUAUUUUAACUCUUAACGAAACUUGCAAGGCUUAUGGUGCCGAUCAUGUAUUAAUUCCAAGCACUCCAACUAACGAACAAGAUAAUUAUGGUAACUACAUAGCAAAUGUAACAAUAAAAGAAGCAAACAUUUUGACUUCUACUUUAGUUGAUCAAAUCCUUGACCCUUUUCAAUCACCAAUAAGGUCCAUAACUGAUUUUUUAAAUACGGGAAAACCCCUCUCUCAGUUGCAGCUUCAACAAAGUCUACUGCAAGCACCAAACAAACAUUUUUAUUAUAACUAUAUCCUAUUUAUAAUAUGUUCAAUUAAUUUACUAAUGAUACUUGCCAUAAUUUAUCUACAUGACAUUAACCAUCGGAAUUCUUUACGUCAACCGCGACGUCAAAUUGUAUAUACUCCAGGAGAGGAAGAAGGAGUAGAAUUAAGAGGAGUAGAUUAACAUUUUAUAAUAUAUUAACUGAAAGUAAAAGUAGAAAUUUAGUUUAGCAGUUAGAUUAAAAGAUUCACUAAUAAGAAUCAUUUAUAUAUAUAUAUAUAUUUUAAGGGCCAUAUGAUACAACCAUGGCCUUAAGCCUAUACAUUGACAUAGGGGACGAUGAUGAGUGCGAGUUAGACGCGUGUCUACACGCCCUAGGAGAACGACGCCAGUCGAUCUCUUCACAACCGGGCCGCAGAUACGUUACUUCCCAGAACCACACGUUCUAUUAGGGGCUGGAAACAUCAUAUGCCCUGAGAUUUGUAGAGAUAAAAAAAAAAAAAAAUAAUAUAUAUAGAUAUACAUAAUCCUCUAUUGUAGUAUUUAUUCUAAACAGUAACUCAAAUUAUAAGCUAUCACUACUACAUUUCUCCCAUCCGGUAAUAAACCAUUUAGUUAAGAUUCAAUUAAGUUCUAACGUACUGGGUCUUACUACCAUUAGAAUAAGGAUAAUUUUAUGUAUGUAAAUAAGCGCACAUGCGAAAAAAAAAAAAAAAAUGUUCUAAUUAAUCUAAUAUAUUAUACAAAUAAGUACUAACCACCUUUUUAUUGUUCUAAAGGAAACCACAUUAAUAUAUAUUGUUAACUAACCAUUAUUAACCUCUUAAGCAAAUUAGUUAAGAACACGAAGCAUUUUAAGCUUUAUACAUUUUAUUAUGAAUUUAAUCAUGUAACACAACACUUUAUGUAACAUAUCCCAAGCAAAUUGUAACCUUUAAUGAAGUUUUUUGUACUACGUCCAAAAAACUAAAAAAAAACGAUGGAGAUGUAACGGACCCACCCUUAUCAGGGCUAAUAGAUACAUAUAUAUAUUUAUUACAUUGUACAACUUAUCAGGACUAACAUAUACAUAUAUCUAUAUAUUAUAUUAUAUAACUUCUCAUUAUUAAAUAUUGCUAAAUAUGAAUGUACCACACGUGCCGAUUUCACAUCAGACCCAAAAGGUCAUUACAGCAUCUUGCGAAAGCAGACAACUUGCAAUUCUGUUCACAGUUGACCUCAAACACGAGGCCAACCACUAAGAGAAACUUAACGUUUUUGGCAACUACCGUGCGAAUCUCACAUCGAAGCUAGCCAAUUUCGACCAUGCGAAGGCUGCACUCUCAUGCCUCUACCCUUCCUCCACCGUUGACAUAAGCGGAUGUCAUGGACGAGCGAGGUCAUCCACACGCGGACUUUCGAUAAUUGCGAGGAUUCCCACGGCCAUUCAGCGAGCGGACCAACAUAUAAGGGAGAACUUCAGUCAUAGCAGAGCAGAUGUACUGGGACCACCAUACACUACACUUGAAGUUUCUACCUAUCAUCUUCUUUUGAAGUCUUAAGCGGCUUAUAAUUGUCUUAAUCAUCAUAUUUUUGAAGCAUACUGAACUUAUGCUAUUAACUGUUUGUCGUUGUACAUGUUUUAUAAGUAUAUUAAAUUAAAUGUUUGUGAUUUAC